AUGGCCGUAUCUCCCGCAUGCUGGGCUGAUGAGCCUUUCGCUCUUAUCUCUAUACCUGGCUGUGGUAUGGACCUCUCCAAAGCCCAUGCGUCUGUGCAUGUUGCACGUGAAAUGGCAUUUGCACACAACGGUAUGAUUCGAGCUCUAAAUAGCAUCUAUCAGCAAUGCAUUCACGUCUCUACACUCAUCGAUAUCGCCGAUCUGUUGAAAUACGCACAGUUUUGGUGCCAAUGGCUCCGCGAGCACCACCACGGUGAAGAAGAAUUGCUGUUUCCUCAGAUAGAAAAGAUUACGGGCGAGAAGGGAUUGAUGGAGCGCAAUGUCGCUCAACAUCAUGCUUUCGAGUCCGGGUUGGUAAAGUUUGAGACGUGGUUGAACGAUUCCAAGCCCGAAAACUACCACGGCAAGGAGCUGAGAGCCUUAAUAGACAGUUUUGGCAAAAUUUUGAUUCAGCAUUUAACAGAGGAGAUCCAAACGCUUUUAGCUCUAGGGCAAUACGACGGACAAGCUCUGAAGGAGGCCUGGACCGUGUUCGAUCUGGAGAUGCGGAAAGGUGACAAGUCAAUUAUUUUCCCCAUUGUCUUGGGAAGUUCUGAUAGGGAGUUUGAAGGGGCAGGUGACUGGCCCGAGGUUCCUGGAGUAGUGAGGAUUCUUGUGCACUAUUAUUUUGAAAGGAAGCAUCGUGGCGCUUGGAGGUUCUCGCCAUCGACUACCUGGGGAAACAAGCGCCCGCUAACAUUUACUGGAGAUUCUGAAAUAUGA